CACCGGUCCCCCUCGCCCCCAACUCACUCAGAAACCCUUCUCUGCAAAUUUCUCCAUCUCUACACUCGCUCCAGAGUCCAGAUACUGCAAUGGAGAUUAAUCAACAUGAGCACGGAGUACCCGUUUCAGCUAAGCUGGGCGAGAGAACAAUACCUGUAUUCACAGUGCUGAAGAACAACGCAAUCCUCAAGAACAUUUUCCUGAUCGACAACCAACCCUGGGUCGAUGAAUCCCACAAUGAAUCGGAAGAAAUUCUGGUUGUGGGAAGGCACCCAGAUUGUGACAUCACCUUGGAGCACCCAAGCAUCAGCAGAUUCCAUCUCCGCAUCUACUCCAAGCCCUCUUCCCAAUCCCUCUCCGUUGUAGAUCUAUCCUCAGUGCAUGGGACUUGGAUUGCGGGGAAGAAGAUUGAAUCGGGGGUUAGGAUUAACUUGGAGGAAGGUGACAUGAUGCAGCUUGGGGGAUCAAGUAGGGUAUACAGGUUGCAUUGGGUUCCCUUGAGCAGAGCCUAUGAUUUGGAUAAUCCGUUUGUUCCUCCAAUUCUUCUUCAGUCAGAGCCUUCACUUAAAGAAGAAGAAGAAGAAGAAGAAGAAGAAGUGGAUCAUCAGGUUGAUGCUCGGUUUUUGGAUAAACAAGAUGAAAUGCUGGUAAAGAAUGACAUGCUGGAGAAACAAGACGCAGUAUAUUCUGAUACAGAUGUGCCUUUUGCGAAUACCUUGCCUUCAUCACCACCUGCUUUGCCUGAGGAGAUUAAUUACCCAGCUGCAUGUGAAGAGAAAGAUGCUGAUGUAGAUAACCAAUCAUUAUUAAAGGAUCUUUUCCUAAGCAGCGAUGUGGGUGAACCAGCUCUAACUCCAGAGGAGGAUUGCAUAUUUUGCUCUCUCCCACUUGGCUCAUUCAGGAAUUUGAAUGAAUUAUAUUUGAGAACGCGAUCAACAAUGAAAUCUUCACUUCUGAAAGUGGCUGAAGCUGAUGGAGUAGCUGCUCUGGAUGAAGAGAAUGAAUCUGUGACAAAAUCAGACCUUAUUCCAGAUAUCCAAUUUUGUUUUAAGGAUCCUUCUCUGAGUGGUGAAAAAGGGUCAUGUCCAGAGAAGGAGAAUUGCCCUUCUAGUUCUCUCCCACUCAGUUUGUUGACGAACACAAAUGAGUUCGAUUUGAAAAAUGGGUCAACACUAAAGUCACUGGUUCUGAAAGUGGAUGAAGCCAGUAAUGAUAUAGUCACAACAGAUGAAGAGAAAGUGACUGCAGAUAUUCAUUUUAUGUGUGCAUUUGAUGCAGACAAUGAAAUAUUCUCCCCAGAAAGACAAACAUCUUCAGAUGAAGAGAAGCUGUCUCCUAUUUCUGUCCCACUGAAGUCAUUGUCUGUUGUGAAAACUGGGUCAAUUAUCAAAUCUUCUGAAGAGGUAGUCGGCUAUAAGGAAGUGGACAAAGAAGAUGAUGAAAAAGAAGUUCCAGAUAUAAAGAAUCUAACUUUGAACAUUCGCUCCAGAUAUGUGGAUGAAGAAGAAAUUUCCAAUCCGGACAAGGAAAAUCUGGUUCAUAAUUCUCUCUCAUUUGGGUCCGUGAAGAAUGCAAACGAGUUUUCGGUGAAAAGUGGAUCAUCGAAAAAAUCUCCAUUUCCAAAUGUGGAUGAAAUUGAUGAAGAAACAACAGCCACUUCGAUUAUAGAGAGCAUAACUUUGGAUGAAGAAGAAAUGUGUACUCCAUUGAAGAAGACAUGUGAAGUUGAGCUGGAAAGUCCAUCUUCUAUAAAGCUUCCAAUUCCAGAUAUGGAUGGUGGCGAUGAAGAAGUUCUAACUCCUGAUAAGCACAAUGAGACUUUGGAUGGUGAUGUAGCAGAUAAUGAAAUGUUCUCCCCAGAUAAACAAAUGUUUACCGCAAAUGAAGAGGUAUCUCCUAUUUCUGUCCCAGUUAGGUCAUUCUCUGAUGUGAAAACUUAUGAAGAAUCAUCAGUCACACUGAUGGAAGAGAGUUUAGCUCUGGAUAUUCAUAUUUUGAAUGGUGGCGACAUGGAUGACAAAGAAAUUGGCACUCCACCACUGAAAGAGAAGAUAGGUGAAGUUGACUUGGAAAAUCAAUCCACGACAAAACUUUCAAUUCCAAAUAUGGGUGACGGUGUUGAAGAAACUGUAACUGCAUACAAGCAGAAUGAGAAAUCGAGUGCCCAUAUCCUGAGGUCAAUGAAACAUAAGGGAACACUUCAAAAUAAAGAGAACAUUACCCCUAAUAUUUGGAGGUCGAUGGACAAGAUUGGAAAGUCAAGAAAUAAUAAAAGCAACUCCCAGAUAGGUGGCGAGGAUGUUAACUCAAGAUCACAUGAAUGUGAAGGCAUGGCUGUUAAUAAAGAAAAUCACAAUGAGAGAGCGCUUCAAGAGCAGAGAAAUAAACAAGAGGGAAUACCUAUGCAGUCUACACCGAAGGAUUAUGAUAGAUUGCCUUUUCAGUCAGUGCUUGUUAACUCCAGCAUCGUGACUGAUUCAAUCAAUCCAGGAGUGGAAGAGAAGACCCAUCAUCUUUCUGAGCCUAAAGUCAGGGAGGAAAAAAUGAGUUGGUGUAUGGUUGUGGACACAACUACUCUGCUGAAAAAAGAAUCGAGGAAAGCUAUGCAGCUUCUGGAGGGUCUGAAAUGUACUUCUUUGCUCAUCCCUCACAUUGUCAUAAGGGAGCUAGAGUGCAUGAAGAGUGGGGCUAGUUUCUUGAAAAGAACUACAGAGAGUUCAGAUGAAGCAGCAAGCACCAAUGCUGAAGACCACAUUCUCAAAUAUGCUCUCUCCCAGAGAAAAAUCAACAGCAGCCAGAAAAGACUCGUCCUCCUGAGUGAUGACCUCGCUCUGAAGAUCAGGUCAAUGGCAGAGGGAUUACAAUGCGAGACAGCAAAAGAUUUCAGGGAAAGCCUAGUGAAUCCGUUUUCUGAGAGGUUUCUCUGGAACAAAAGCACUCCCAGGGGCAAGACGUGGUCAUAUGCCGAUGAUAUUGUUCUUAAGGAGACUUUCUACCAACGCCCGUUGAAUAGACCUCAUUCGAAUCAUGGAUUGAAGCUCAUAUUGCUCUACAAGUCUUCUCAGUACAUUCAGUUCAGUAGUUCAUUAUUAAAGAACUAACUAGUCAUGUGUUCCCUCUCUUGUAUGAGACUAGAAGCAGCUAAUUUGAGGAGUAAUGAAAGGCAUAUCACCAU